UGAUUGCGUUGUUGUUGAAGAAAACUGGGUGAAAAUAAGAGAUUUAUGCAUAUAACUUAAACGACAAUCGAAAACCUACCAAGUAAAAAAUCUAGAGCGAAAGACGUACAAAUAACGUCGACAGCAAAAAGCAUAAGCAAAAAAAAAAAAAAAAAUCGAAGAAUCGACAAAUUUGCAUCUUGCGAUGGCCGAUGUUGAGAAAAUGACAACGGCGCCGGCAGCUCCACCGACCGACAUACCUAUACCCAACGUCGUCCCAUCGCCGAACGCGAGCGAAGCGGGCGGCAUCGAGCUGGGCACCUCGCCCACCCAGGAGCCGUCAAGCAAUUCGCAUCCGCACGACUCCGAAUAUGACACGGCCAGCGAUCUGGAGGGCGGUGACGGAGACUACGAUGACGAUGAGAGUGCCAGCGAUGAGGAAACCGAAACCGACGACGAUGACGAUGGCCAAAGCGAGUCGGAGGACGAUGAUGACGAUGAGGACGAUCUCGGCAGCGGCACGGUAAGUGGCAAUGGGUUGGAACGAACGGCAGCCGAGACGGAGGCACAAAAGAAAGUGGACGAGGAUCGCAGCAAUCCACAAUAUAUACCCAAACGUGGCACCUUCUACGAGCAUGAUGAUCGCACCGCCGAAACGGAGGGCGAUGGGGCCGGCAAUCAUGAUGCCGACAACGAUGGGGUCCAGUCUCAGCUGGAGCCCAGUUUUCCGGAUGUGACCAAUGGCGAUGGUGGUGCCUCACCCGCCGGCCAACCGCCGACCAUAUCGCAGGCAUCCAAAACGAUGAAGAAGUGGCAACCGGCGUCGGGUGGUGAUCGUUGGUCGCACGAUCGCUUCGAGGCCAGCGAACAGGCGCCUAAAACGCGUGCGGAACUCAUGCAAUCUUAUGGCUAUGACAUACGCAACGAGGAUGCGGCGCCACGUGCACGACGACGCCGUCGCUAUACACGCGGUCCGAGCAAAUAUUCGCGCAAUUGGGAGGACGAGCAGGCGUACCUCAAGGCCAGCAACAAGGAGCGUAAACAGCCGCCACGUCCCCAGGACUUUCCUGCGCUCAACGAGCGCAGCAGCAACGCCACCAACAGCCAUCGUCGUCCUCGCCGGACGUCCGCUUCGCGCGAGGAGAAGGAGAAUCGCGGCGAGCGUCGCGCUGCGGCUGCUGCUGCGGCCGCCGCCGAGAAGCAGCAACAACAACUGGGUAACAAUGUUGCUGCUGGCAGUUCGAGUAAAAACCACGAGACUCGCGACCGUGAGCCAAGGAAUCGAAACUAUGGCAGGGGCAGCGGUGGCGGUGGUGGUGGUGCUCGCCAGAACGCCAUGGAGUUCAAGCAAAAGUCAAAUCGCGGCGAGCAUCGAAAUUAUGCGGAUCAGCGCUCGGAUCGGGAUUAUCAGCUGAGCAGACCAAAUGGCGCAGCCAAACAAAUCAUUGAUUUGCCAACACACCAACAGCAGCAGCAACAGCAGCAGCAGCAGCAGCAGCAGCAACAACAACAACAGCAGCAACAGAGACAACCACAACAGCAGCAGCAGUCGAAACAGCAGCCCUCGAAGCAGCAGCAGCAACAGUUGCAGCUGCAACAGCAGCAACAGCCACCUUUGGUCACCUCGAAUCUGUCGCAGCGUUUGCAGCAGGUGCAAACGCGUUUGCAGCAGGUGCAGCAGCGCAACGAUCCCAGCCAUGUUGGCAGCGUUCAAAUGCACUCGCUGGCCUCGCAGAACCAACAACAACAGCAGCAACAGCAGCAACAACAACAGCAGCAGCAACAACAACAACAGCAGCAACAACAAUUGCAUCUGACACAACAGCAACAAACGUUGCCAACGGAGCAACGCAAUGGACCCAAACGUUAUUCCAGCUUGCGACGCUCCCAACACGAGGCAACACAACAACAGCAGCAGCAAGAACAACAUCACUUGGCGGAGCAGCAGCAAAUACAGCAACAGUUGCAGCUGCAGCAGCAGCAACAACAGCAGCAGCAGCAACAAUCACAGCUGCUGCUGCAGGAUCCACACAUGCUCAUGCAAAUUGCGUAUCAGCAACAAGAGUUGCAGGCGCAACUGCAAAACCUACAACUGGGUGCAGCAGUGCCGCCGACAGCGGUGCCAUCGGUGCCACAACCCAAAGCGGCAACAGCUUACACACAGGCGCCCACAGCGCCCUAUUAUGUGACCAGCGGAGAGCCGGUGCCGGUGCCCGUUUCUGUCACUGUACCCGUCUCUGUGCCCGUCGCUGUGCCCCAGGCGCCGUACGUGAAUUCGGCCAGUGCUGGCUAUUUGCCGCCCACGCCUGCAGCCGUGGCCUACGCCCAAGCACAGUCGGCAGUGGUCACACAACAGCAGCAACAACAGCAGCAGCCACAGUCUGCGCCGCAAGCUGCUCCAUCGGGUGUUCAGGCGGCUCAAUCCGGACCACCGUCGCUUAACUAUCACCAAAAUUACAAUACAGUUGGUGGCACCACGUACUUUGUGCCGCCGGCACAGGCAACCACGCGGCCAGCCGUGCUGCCCCAGCGUCGACCCACAAAUGCGAUUCCCAUACUGCCACCCUCCGAAAAGCACAAGACGCGUGCCGCCCGCACCAUGGACGAUGGAGCGAGCAGUGGCAGUGGAGAUAAUAUUGAUCACAUCAUUGACAACAUGUUUGUGCAGCGGCCAGCAUUUCAGCCGCCACCAGUUGGAGCAGAUUUGUCGCCAGCGCCAGCCAAAGCAACGAGCGAAGAGCCAGCAGCGGCCAUUGCUGCGGCACCAGUAUCAAGUGCAGGAGGCGGAGGAGGAGCAACAGCAGCAGCAUCAGUUGCUGCAGUCGCCAGCAGCGAGCAGAAUCAUCAGGCUGUGACGGUGCCUGGGCAGGAUUGAGUGGAACUCUAUGCCAACCAGCGGCAACAGCAGCAGCGUGGACGCAGUCGAGCUCACGACAUGUCCAAUGAUUACGCAAUGCUGUCGUCACUUGGCGUUGGCUACUAUCACGCCCACUAAGCGCAGACGCAGUGCAUCCGCCCGUGCAUCUCGCCACAAGUUUUUUUUUGUUUCUUUUGCCCCCCAGGGUGGGUCUGUGACCCUCGAAAAUUGAACUCUUCUUUUUAUACAUGUACAUUUAAGAUAAACCCAGACUCACACACACAUUUGUAAUUAGCUAGUAGACGCACUUAAUCGAACUAACUGCAGUCGAGAGUAAUCGUAGUCGCAUGCUCCGGAUUUCAGCUUUCACAUAAUCCGUAUAUAUAUCCAUAUACACUACAUACAUACAUAUAUAUACACAUACAAACAUAUAUCUAUCUAGUAAUCGAGUGCAAGUCGUGUGGCUCAUUUAGCAAUUAUGAUGAAUUUUUAACCAGAGGCAUGUCUCCGGCGCUUAAAAUAUAUGAGAUACCAACUAUAGUCGCAUUUUGAAGUUGAAUUUAUCGUGAAUUGUAAUCAAUCAUUGAACAUUUGAAUUUCAAUAAACGUUGUAAAACACUGAAAAAAAGAA